UUGACACUGUAUCACCAAACUAUCUGGCCUAUGAUUUUUCUAUCGCUACUCUUGAUUCGACAUGGCCUCUUUCAUGAAUGAUAAAGAUGUGAAAGAGGCACUGUCGCUCAUUGAGGGCGCCAAGCUGCCUCACCCUUCUGACCCAUUACUUUCAUCGUUCAUCAUCGAAGCCCUCGACCCUCGACUAGCCGCUCGGUAUGUGCUGCGGACAACUCAAUCUGGAGAGAAUCAACAAGUUGGACUUCUUCGACUUGUAUCCGAUUGGACCUAUCUUGUUGAAUCCAUCUCAAAACAUGGCUGUUCUCCGCCGACGCCCGAUGCUGUCACUCAGGCUAAUAUUACUAAACGUGAUGGGGGCAAAUGUUGCAUUACCGGCAAAGUCAGCCGUGUCUGGGAUCCGCUUGUCGUGGUUCCUGUUCUUCCCGUUCCCUCUCGCUGGAUCGUAGAUGAGCCCCGAAUCUUCAACAUGCUCGGUGCUUUCCUCACCCCUUCCUACCGCGAUUGGUGGCUCGCCUAUGUUGAAAGGCCCGAGGACAUGAACUCUUAUCAUAACCACUGGCUUGUCCGUAGAUCAGCAGCUCACGCUUUUGCGCAGGGUGUUGUAACAUUAGACAGAUUUCAGCCAUCUAUGAUCGAAUAUGAGAUCAAGCAUGUUUUGAUUGGAGUGCUGAAUCCGAUCGAUACUGAUGGUUCUUAUCCGCUAUUGGGCGAUCAUUCUCGACUUGGUAUUGAGAAGGUGGAUCCACGGUUUAUAGGCACUCACGCUCGUUUUUCUCCAAGCUGCCGAUGGCUCCAUAUUGCUGAACAAAUUGCACUGAGCAAGGAACCAUCGUCUCGGACGAAAUAUCUUACAAAGCAACCAGCAAAAACAUCUCAAUCUGACCAGAGAAGCCCGUUCUCUAUCACUGGCCUAAUAAGCACUGCUUGUCUCGCCGUCUGGGUCAGGUUUCCGGACAGAGUCCGAGUAGCCACUUACAAAAUGCUGCAAAAGAUAGGAUAUCGUCUUUACGGAAAACCUAACGCCUGGGAGUCCGUCCAAAGACUACCUUUUGGUCUCUACCUGAAAUAUCUGGAAGACCCCGACCGAUUUCGCAAUGAGUUCAAUGCAUUGAAAAUGGUGCGCCAGUAUACUUCGGUCCCGGUUCCUAAGCCAAUUGACUUGGUCAUUGUGCCAACAAAAUCAAAGGAUCCAUUCUAUUCACAUGAUGCCUAUCUUGUCACAUCCCGCGUGCCAGGAAUCCCUCUUUCACGCUGUCAGGCCAUGCUGUCAGACGACGAUAGCUCAAAGUUUGUCUCCCAGAUGCAAGACUACUUGACCCAGAUACGAGCCAUCCCCAAGAUUGUCAGUCCAGAAUAUGCCAUAUGUGACACCUUAGGUGGGCCUUGCAGAGACCCCCGCAUCCGCGAUUCAAAUCCAGUUGGGCCUUUCGUAGACGAGGCGGCAUUCAGCCAGGUCCUGCGCAACCCGGAUGAGCCGAGCCGCAGAGGACACCAGGUUGUAUUCACACAUGGGGACCUGAAUGCUCGGAACAUCUUGGUCGAUCGGGAUGGGACUCGAGGCUGGAAGGUGACGGGAAUUGUGGACUGGGAGAAUUCCGGGUACUACCCGGAAUAUUGGGACUACACUAAGUCGUUGUUUGAGGGCUUUAGAUACUCUCAUCGAUGGUGCGAGAUUAUGCACGACAUAUUCAAGCAAUUUGGAGACCUUUCAAAGGAGUUCGAGGUGGAAAACAGAAGUUGGGAAGAAGGCGAUUAUGUAUAACUUUUUUCAUUGACUGGCGAAAGACGUGAAUCUAUAAAUGCAUUUCGAGCCUUGUAGCUGCUCUGCCAUGACAGUACGAGGAUCAAUACCUAUAUAAUUCUACGGAAUUGUUGUAAGAUCUUACAAUAAAUAUUUUGAAUGCGACAU